AUGCGACUGUUAAUGUGUGGUUUAAAAGGCAACCACUGGCCCUUAGCCUAUGCGAUCACAUCGGGUUGCAUGAAAAAAAGAAAUGAGGUGCAAAAAUCGGUCUACUUCGUCGUCAUUCGAACUAUCAGGAUCUACCAUAUUACUGAACUUGCUCGUGUAGCUCUGGCCAAUUUAUUGGGGGGUAUCGGCUUCUUCUACGGCUCUUCACUUGUGCAAUCGCCCGAGUCUGGACCAACUCCAAUUGAAUAUUGGCCUGCGCCCCUCUUCACCGCAACUCCCUCUAGACCACAGUUUCCUCGUGGCUUCCUUUGGGACGAAGGAUUCCAUGGUCUCGUAUUGGUCAGGUGGAAUAUUUACCUGGCCCUCGAGACUUUUGGGCAUUGGUUGGACCUUAUGAAUAUUGAAGGCUGGAUUCCUAGGGAACAAAUACUUGGCUGGGAGGCAAGAGCCCGAGUUCCGGAGAGAUUCAUCGUGCAAUCCAAUUCUGUGGCCAAUCCACCAGCCCUGGUUCUUGCAAUUGAGGUAAUUCAGUUAUAUCUUCCUAAUUUUCACUCAUUCGUACUUCAGAUACCUAUUAAGCAUUAUUUUUUUUAUUGUUUUACUCCUUGA